AUGCAUGGGUCCACCAGGGGCGGCGGCGGCGGCGUCGAUGGCGUCGAGCACAUCCAAAACGGCAGGCGCCCAGGCGGCGCGGGACGCAGUUUCCCUGCUCUCUUUGUUCGUGGGGGAACCUCGAACGGACUGGUCAUCCUGCGCGAGCACUUGCCUCCUGCGAGCGAGUGGCCUAGCGUGCUUGCCUCAGCUAUGGGGUCGCCUGAUGGUAACGGGCGUCAGCUCGACGGCAUGGGCUCGGGCCUCUCGUCAACCUCGAAAAUCUGCGUCCUUUCUGCCUCCUCGCGCCCCGACUCUGACGUUGAGUUUACCUUCGUCCAGGUGGGCAUCAGAGACGGCAGCCUGGACAUGGCUGGCAACUGCGGGAACAUGUCGUCUAUUAUUGGCCCUGUCAGCCUGGACGAGGGCCUCGUCGAAGAUCCCCGCAUCCUGGAAGAAGCCGCCAGCGACAGCUGCAGCCACCCUGAUGACAUGGCCCGCACGGCUAGCACGGCCACGGCCACGGCCACGACCACGACCACGGCCCUGGUGCGCAUCUACAACACAAAUACCGCAAAGCUCAUCCAUGCACGCUUCCCCGUCACUGGUGAUCCGCCACGGUAUUACGCCAAGGGUGACUAUGCCAUGGACGGCGUCCCGGGCACCGGCUCAAAGAUCGUGCUCAGCUUCCUCAGCCCAGGCGGAGCGAAGACGGGCCAGACCCUACCCACAGGCAACCCAGUCAACAAUCUCACCCUCUCUGACGGCUCCACCAUCCAGGCGUCGCUCGUCGACGUCUCUAACCCUGGCGUCUUCGUCCGGGCCUCUGAUGUGGUCCCCGACAGCCUGGGCGGCCUCGACAAGCUCGAUCCUGCCGCCGUCGAAGCUAACCCAGCCCUCAAGGCACGCCUCGAGCAGAUAAGGCGCGCUGGUGCAGCUAGGAUUGGUCUCGACCCCAAUACGGAGAGCGUGCCGAAAAUAGUCGUCGUAUUUCCGCCAUCCCCCGCGCGCAAAAACCCGGGGAUAAAUAUCCAGUGUUUAGCGUUAUCGAUGGGACAAGCUCACAAGGCGGUCCCGCUGACAUUGGCCUUGUGCCUUGGCGCGGCCGCAUUGCUGCCGGGUACCAUUCCGUGCGAGCUUGCCCUCGUGGCUGCUGCCAAGGGAGGUGUCAUUACCAUCGGUCAUCCAAGCGGCAGUUUGGAUGUGAGCACUACUAUCAGAGACGGCCACGUUCUCUCGGCGGAACUUCAUCGAACCGCGCGGGUCUUGAUGAGAGGGGACGUGUUCUACCAAUGA